AUGGUCGCCUGCUACCACGGCUUCGGCAGUGUGGUGGCCCUGCUCAGCCGCUGCCCUUUCCUCGAUGUGAACCAGCAGGAUAAAGAAGGGGACACAGCCCUCAUGCUGGCUGCCCAAGCAGGCCAUGUGCCUCUGGUGAGUCUCCUGCUCAACUACUACCCGGGCUUGGACCUGGAGCGCCGGGACCAGCGGGGGCUAACAGCACUGAUGAAGGCCGCCAUGCGGGACCGUUCAGAAUGCGUGGCUGCCCUCCUCAUGGCAGGUGCAUGGGGCCUGGACCGGGGGCUCCCAGAUUCCAGCUGCAACAGGAUGGGACUCUGCGCUGACCUGACCGCGGUGGACCCUGUUCGGGGCAAGACGGCCCUGGAGUGGGCAGUGCUGACGGACAGCUUCGACACCGUGCAGAGGAUCCGGAAGCUGCUGCGGCGCCCGCGCAUAGAGCAGCUCAGCCAGCAGUACCAGCCCGAGUGGCCAGCCUUGCCAGGGCUUGUGGCCCAGGCCCAGGCCCAGGCCGCCCCAUCUCUCCUGGAGCGACUGCAGGCCACCCUGAGCCUCCCCUUUGCCCAGCCUCCGCAGGAGGGGGGGGUCCUGGACCAUCUUGUGACCAUCACGACCAGCCUGGCCAGUCCCUUCCUCACCACCGCCUGCCACACUCUGUGCCCGGACUGCCCACCUACGCUGGGCACCCGGAGCAAGUCUGUGCCAGAGCUGCUGGGCACUGCCCCGCCCCCGCCCCCAGCCCCGCAGCCCCCCCAGGUAGUCCCUGGCUCCCGGGUCCUCAUCCCCUACCAGAGCCAUCAGGGCAUGUUGAGUGUGUGCCCUCAGUGGCUACAGCCCAGGGACAGUAGCACCCCGAGGCCCCAGGCCCCCAAGAUCCACCUGUCCAAGGCAUCCUCACCUCCCAGACAGUUCAAGCUAGAGUUUAGGCCUCGAGAGACUCAGAAGCUAGCCCUUCCUGUCUGGAGAUACCAGGAGCUCAGGCUGGAGAGGAGGAGGCAGGAGGAGGAGGCUAGGUGGGCCCAGAAUCAGGGGAAGAUGGGCUAG